GGGCAUAUGGUCAAUUGGUGUCAACAUCUGACCAGGUGGCUAAAGAAGGGGAUAAUGAAGUAGUAAUCUCAUGUACCUAUUCAAAUGAUGCUUCUGAAAUAUUAAACAUGAAAUGGGAUGAAGUGAAUAAAGAUGGGGCCAUUAUAACUUCCGGUAUUGUAAAUGAUAUCCAGUCAGUCAAUGGACGAUACGCCCUUAGAACAAAAUAUGGCAAGGCUGAUCUGGUUAUCUCAAAACCUAUAAGAAAUGAUAAUCAAAGAAAAUUUCUAUGUGAGAUCCAACUAUUUAGCGGCAAGUACAUCUACCCAGACCAUCCUUCCAACCUCACUGUUUAUUACCUAGAUGAGCCUGUUCUCCGUUCAUCAGCAAAUAGUGUCUUUGAAGAUCAGUUAGUGAUUUUGAACUGUAGUAAACCUGAUGGUGACCCGGUCCCUAAUUAUAUCACAUGGUAUAAAGAUGGAAAAGCACUCAACACCAAAGACACCAGCAGAUUUGCUACAAGUGAAGAUGAACAUAAAAUACGCAUUGACCCGGCAACUCGAACUGAUGGUGGCUUGUAUACGUGUAAAGCUGAAAGUGAUAUAUUUAGAGGGAAUGAUAGCAAAACUAGUAAUCAAAUUGACCUGAAAGUGAUAUACCUAGAUGAUCCUGUACUCAAUACUUCAGCAAGCAGUGCCUCUGAAGGGAAAUCAGUAAUCUUGACCUGUAGGAAACCUGAUGGUUAUCCAGUCCCUAGUAUCUCAUGGUAUAAAGAUGGACAAACAUUCGACACCACAGACACCACUAGAUUUAUUACAAGUGAAGAAGCAAUAAUCAUUAAAUCUGCAACUGCAGAUGACGGUGGCAACUAUAUGUGUAAAGCUGUAAGUGAUGAAAAAGAUGGUAAACCCAGUAAUACAAUUCCCUUGAAAAUAAAGCGAUACGACUUUAUAUUUCGGAAGAGCCUUGAAGUCACAGAAGUGAUAAGUUAUGAUAAUUCAAAAGAAAUAUUUACAAAAUAUCGUCCUAGUAUUGCAAGGUUUGAGAAGGUCCAAUGGGAUCUUAUAGUCGACAGUAAAAAAAUUCCCAAAGGGGAGGGCAAUCCUCCUACGCUGUGCAGUAGUACUACAUAUUUCUUCAAUCACGAUCAAGUUGAUGAACAAGAAAAGGAUAAUGAUGAAACAGAGACUAUGCAGCCUACAAAUUGUACUAUAUCAAAUGGAACAAUCCGCCUGAAGCUUACAACAGACUUUGCGGAGUCAGGAGAGAAAUACGUAUGUACCAUACAUAGACAUGGAUAUCAAUGUUUUCAAUUUGAAGCGAGUGAUAUUGAAGAAGCAACCUGUGGUGAGGAUGUUAAGUUGAAAUUUGAAUGUGUUGGACAGUCACCUGUCUUGGAGAAAGUUGAUGGAACAUACGUUCGUCUAAAUCCUGAACCACGUAAUACUGAUAAGGAUGAUUGCUUUUUCAAAAUCUCUAAAUGUACAUCAAAAGAUGCUGGAAAAUAUUGGUGCAGUUCUUAUAAAGAUAAAAGGAGAAUCAUAAUGGAAAAAGUGCUCAAAGUUAAAGUGAAUAAUAUUGUAGUAGCAACCUGUGGUGAUAAUGUUGAGUUGAAAUGGGAAUGUGGAGGACGGUCAUCAGAACAUGUUUUGAAGAAAGUUGCUGAAAAAUACAAUAGUCUAAAAUUAAAACCUAAUUUAUCUUUAAAUACUGAUGGGGAUAAUUGGUUUUUCAAAAUCCCUACUUGUACAUCAAAAGAUGCUGGAAUAUAUCAGUGCAGUUUUUAUAAAGAUGGAAAGAAAAUCAUAAUUGAAAAAAUUCUCAAAGGAUUUAUCGAAGCUAUAAAACUUUAG